AUGGCUUUCUUAGCGCGCUCCCUGAGGGCGGGGCUGCUCGCCCUCUGCCUGCUCUCGCUGAUUGCGGUGUCAAUAGCUGCGCCCCUCGCUGGCCCCAAGUGCAAGAACCGGUUCCCCAAGUACCCGCUCUGCAAGUUCGUCAACGACAUGGCGACUUCGUUCACGCCCACCGUCGUCGACGCUGCCAGCGGGAAGACGCUUCAGAUUAGCGCCUACCAGAUCUACCACAAAUUUCACCGCGACCUGCCCGCGACAAAGCAGUACGCGUACGGAAUGGACGCGAAGACGGCGUCGUAUCCAGGGCCCAUCCUGAUCGCGAAGAAGGGCGUGCGCACCAAGGUGUACUGGCAGAACAAGCUGCUGGACCGCCAGCACAUGUUCACCAACGACUUCACGCUCAUGCCCGGCAUGGCCAAGCCCAAGAUGGGCGGCAUUCCCAUCGGUGCGUCGCAACAGGAAUUGCCUUCCUUUGCACGGCUACCAAUCUUCUCCCCAUUUCCGCCCGCGCGGAGCUAG